GCCGAGCCCGAGCCAGUGCCGGAGCCGGAGCCGAAGGGGCAGGAGCUAGGCUUGAAAAAGCACCCCCAAGCCUCCCCAACCCAACGCUGCCGAGCUGAGCAGCAGCCGGAGGCGGCGUGGAAUCGAAGCGCUUUCGCUGCCCGUCUGUGUGCCCGAGCUGGGAAAAUGGAGGCUGUGAUUGAGAAGGAAUGCAGUGCUCUGGGAGGGCUCUUCCAGACCAUUAUCAGCGACAUGAAGGGGAGCUAUCCAGUUUGGGAAGAUUUUAUAAACAAAGCAGGAAAGCUACAAUCCCAGCUUCGGACGACAGUAGUAGCAGCUGCUGCCUUCUUGGAUGCGUUUCAGAAAGUGGCUGACAUGGCUACCAACACACGUGGUGGUACCAGAGAAAUCGGAUCUGCCCUGACCAGGAUGUGUAUGAGACACAGAAGCAUAGAGACCAAGCUGAGACAGUUCUCUAGUGCUUUAAUUGAUUGCCUGAUAAACCCACUUCAAGAACAGAUGGAAGAAUGGAAGAAAGUGGCCAACCAACUGGAUAAAGACCACGCAAAAGAGUACAAGAAAGCUCGCCAAGAGAUAAAAAAGAAGUCAUCAGAUACACUGAAACUUCAGAAGAAGGCCAAAAAAGCUGAAACUGUGGGAAGAGGAGAUAUCCAACCUCAAUUGGACAGCGCGUUGCAAGAUGUCAAUGACAAAUAUCUUCUGCUGGAAGAAACUGAAAAACAGGCAGUCAGAAAGGCCCUGAUUGAGGAGCGUGGCCGAUUCUGUGCCUUCAUUUCAAUGCUACGGCCAGUGAUUGAAGAGGAAAUCUCCAUGUUAGGGGAAAUAACUCAUCUACAGACCAUAUCUGAAGAUCUAAAGAGCCUCACCAUGGAUCCCCACAAGUUACCAUCAUCUAGUGAACAGGUAAUUCUAGAUUUGAAAGGUUCUGAUUACAGUUGGUCAUAUCAGACUCCUCCAUCUUCUCCCAGUACAACCAUGUCCAGAAAAUCAAGCGUUUGCAGCAGCCUGAACAGCGUUAACAGCAGCGACUCUCGCUCCAGUGGCUCACACUCUCAUUCCCCCAGUUCACAUUAUCGCUACAGAAGCUCCAAUCUGCCGCAGCAGGCUCCCAUGAGGCUGUCAAGCGUGUCCUCCCAUGACUCGGGUUUCAUAUCCCAGGAUGCCUUCCAGUCCAAAUCACCAUCCCCAAUGCCACCGGAAACUCCCAACCAGAAUUCAUCCAGCUCGGCCUCUUCAGAAGCUUCAGAAACCUGCCAAUCAGUGAGCGAGUGCAGUUCCCCCACCUCAGUCAGCUCAGGCUCGACCAUGGGGGCUUGGGCUUCCACAGAGAAGUUGUCUAACGGGUUUUAUCACUAUAGUUUACCAAGUGAGCCCCAUGUAGCAUCAGUGGGUGCAGGUCUUUAUCCUCAUUGCCUGCCUGCCUCCCGUCUGUGCCCUCGGGCGACCUCUGCCCUCCUUCCAGACUACGUUCAUUAUUACACCAUUGGGCCGGGCAUGUUACCGUCAUCUAAGAUCCCUAGCUGGAAGGACUGGGCUAAGCCAGGCCCAUACGACCAGCCUGUGGCAAACACCUUACAACGCCGCAAGGAAAAGCGUGAGCCUGACUCCAACGGAGGACCCCCUGGCAUUCCACCCGCACCUACCGAGGAGGCUCAGAGGCCUCGGAGUAUGACUGUUUCAGCUGCCACCAGGCCUGGAGAAGAGAUGGAGGCUUGUGAGGAGCUCGCCCUGGCCCUCGCCAGGGGCUUGCAGCUGGACCCCCAGAGGAGCAGCCGGGAUUCCCUGCAGUGCUCCAGUGGGUACAGUACCCAGACAACCACCCCAUGCUGUUCAGAGGACACAAUACCUUCACAAGUUUCAGAUUAUGAUUAUUUCUCUGUAAGUGGUGACCAGGAGACAGAACAGCAGGAAUUUGACAAAUCCUCUACCAUUCCGAGAAACAGUGACAUUAGCCAGUCCUAUCGCAGGAUGUUUCAGGCCAAACGCCCAGCUUCAACCGCUGGUCUCCCCACUACCUUAGGACCUGCGAUAGUCACUCCUGGUGUAGCAACCAUCAGACGGACCCCUUCUACUAAACCUUCUGUACGAAGGGGAACCAUCGGGGCUGGACCUAUUCCUAUCAAGACUCCUGUGAUUCCCGUCAAAACCCCAACUGUCCCUGACCUACCAGGUACACUACCAAGUCCUCAGGGAGGGCCUGAGGGGCAUGGAGAACACAGCCCAGAGUCACCCUCUGUGGGUGAUACCACCCAGGGUGGCACUAGCAUGCCCUCCUCCAUGUGGAGUGGUCAAGCCUCUGUCAACCCACCACUGCCAGGCCCGAAGCCGAGCGUCUCGGAGGAGCAGAGACAGAGUGCUCCGGAAACAGAGGAUGACGAAACAGAAGGGGAUCGUUCAAGUGCCGCUAGCUCCCCUGGCCAGACCCCAGAGUGCAGCAACCCAGGAGAUCUGAGCCCCGGGGAUACCCUGCAAGGGGAAGAUAUGCUGAAUGCCAUUCGCCGUGGUGUAAAACUGAAGAAGACACUGACAAAUGAUCGAUCGGCCCCUCGUUUAUCUUAAGGUUUCUAAGAAUAUACUGCCAGGGUUCUAAUGAAUGGAAAAUGAACUGUUUAAUAAAACCUUAAAUUUGUUUUGAUUCAUUCCAAUCUAUAAUCAAACAAAAGAUUUUGUAGGAAACUCAAAAUCAGAGCAUUGUUUUGAAAGUACUAUAUAUCAUAAAACACAGAGAAUUAAAAACACAUGCAUAAGUAACCAUCAUAAUCUUUAUUGGUGUUUUAAUUUGUAAAUAUCGACAACUUUCUGCAUAUUUUUGUUCUUAAGUUUCCCUUUUAAUUUUUCUGAAGGUGCCAAAUCCCAUAACUUUUUUAUAAGCCUUUGUAAAAUUUUAAAUGCAUAACUGGGGGAGGGGGGGUUGGGGAGAAUCAUAAAGUAGCAAACUUCAGCAAAGGGAUUAAUAAUUGGCUUUUUUGCAAGCUUUUGUAGAUGCAUUGUGAUAGUGUGGAUUCAAUAAAUUGGACUUAUUUUAAUGUACAAAUAAAAUGGGUAAUGAACAUGGCCUCAUUUAAGUAUGUUUUGUGUGGAAAAGCAGAGUAACUAGAUGAAAAGCAAUAUAACAGAUGAAAUAAAGCUGGAAAUGAUAGGCUGUGUUGGGCUGAGGGGGGAGGUAGGGUGGGAAACACCAUUAACAUAGUGGAUGCUGUUCCCCGAGAGUAGCCUAGUAGGUUGAAUUACUGUUAGCUUCAUGGUAAAUGCAUCCGAAGCCAUACUGGAUUGCAGUGUUUGUUUAGGUAGGGUGUUUAGGGACUUCACUGUUCUUUUCCCGUAUUUCCUCUUGACCCCACACAGCAGCCUCUCCUAGUCAUAUGCAUGCUGCUUCAAUAGUGUACUUAGAUUGAUUUACUCAGUUUCUCUUCUGUCGUGUUCAUGCUUUCAUUGAGUCCAAAUACAUCCAAAAGGGUAAGGCAGUUUUUAACAUGUGAAAGCAUUUAAAAAUGAUAGCAGGGAGUUCUUAGGUAGAGUAUCAAAUGCCUUUUAUGUACAAGUGCCCAGCAGGCUGGGUACAUUGAGAAGCCCAAAUAUUUUGAGGAUACUUGAGUGGAUUUAGCAAGGGUAACCAGCUUGGAGUUUAGCAACUUGCAAAAGGGUGUGUUCUAUUUCAGGGGGCUUGUUUUUCUUAGACAGUGAAUUGGCUUCAUCCUGAAUACUGAAAAGGAACAAAGAUGCAUAGUCACUGGGAGCCUGACCACUACACUGUCUUUUUUGUAUUCUGGGUGAUAUAUUUUUUGGGAAUGUUCUUUCUUAAUUAAAAAAGACUUUUUUGAGUUUUGUUUUGUUUUUCAAGUGAAACCAAUUUGCUGUAAUAACCAUCUUUUAAAGCCAGCAAGGUAUGCAGAACUCAGGGGGCCACAGGAAAAGGGGUUUAAGACUGGGUUGGAGGCAAAAGAGGCUUGUCAGUUAUUCAAGUUGCACACUUGGAAACUGUUAACAGUUCACCAAAUGAAGUUCUCAAAAGGGGGCUGCUGGUUUCCACCCAAAUGCUGCAGCUUUUGUUGGCUCCAAUAUCUGACGACACCAUCAUAUGCUUUGAUACAUUACUGCAUUGGAUGUAAGACUUAAUGUAUUUGUACAGUCACUGUUCUAUAAUAACACUUUACACUGCUGUGAUUGCUUCUGACACUUUUAUGUUAUGGCUUAAAGCAAUGGCAUGUUUAUUAGAAACUAUUUAAACUUUACUUUCUUUGAAAAACAAGCUCCUUAUUACAGCAUAUAAUCAACAGUAGUGCCUGUGGUUCUAGCCCACCAAUCUUGAUUGAAUAAAAGUAGCUGAUGCAUUGUGCAUAUGAUGCUUGAUAGGUUUUGCUAAAGCAAAAACCAUUGCAAGAGAAUGAACAUAGUAAAGUGGUAUUUUAAACCUUGGAAAUGAAUGGAUGUAACUGUACUGGAGUACAGCUUUUCACUUGUUUAGUUCUUAAACGUUAGUAUAAUCUGAAAAAAAAUUUAAUAUAAAAUGUUGCCAAAUUCAACGUAGAAAGAAUGUGACAAAACACUUCGGAUAGUUCUACUGUUUUGUGUUUUUGCAUAUUGUAAAAGCAGUGUCACAGCUAAAAAUUUUAAAAAUGUUUCUAAUGGUAUAAAUUAUUGUUCUUUAGUUGCUAGUUUGUACUGAGAGUUGACCUCUCCCUGUGCAGAUUUUUGUUUUCAACUGAUAUAAAUGAACAGUUGCUGUAUUGUGUCACUCUUUUCCAUUGUAACAAAUGCUUCAGAAUACAUUAUAAAUAAAGAAUGGCUAGAAAAA